AUGGCGGAGUUUUCUCCAAAUUCUAGCAAUAGUAGAAGUUUCGAUUAUCCCCAAGGACCUUCGAGAUUAAGGCGUACAUUCUCAACAUCUAGUCCUUGUCGCUACUGUGGAUCAGGGAAUAAUUGUGAAAAUGAUUGCAGUAGAACACGAAUGAAUGAAUUAAUUCAAUUGAUUCGGGAAGAUAUACUAUUUGAAAGCCCAACUUACCCCAUUCGAUUGAAAAUGUGCAAAGAUAAAAUUAGACAACUUCAUUUAGAAAUAUUUGAAGAUGCACAAAUUUUAGAACCAAGCGAAACCUCAUCGAGUUCAUCAUUCGAAAGUGUCUCAGGACAUUUUCACGACACAAGUGACCAGACAUCUGAAAUUAGAAGACAGACUGAUCUUUCUGAUGAUCCGAAAAAUCGAAGACGUUUGUCACCUGUUAGGGAAAAAGAGGUAGGAAGGCAUGCCCAAGGAUUAGCUCAACAUGAAAACCCAAGGCAGAUUUAUUACGAACACGAACGUCAACCACAUUCCUACAAAAAAUAUCAGCAGCGUCACCAAGACGAAGAUCUGCCUUACUAUCAGACUGAAAACGAAUAUAAAUCACGACGCAUUAUUAAAGAAACACAGCCAUAUUACUCUGAGAUCUGGCAUACGAAUCCUGAGAGACGUGAUACAACCUCCAUGUCUGGGAAAUACCAAUAUAACCUGGAAAAAAAUGAAUCGAAUGAUCUGCCAGUCUUGCUAAGACUUGGAAAAUCCAAACCUAUUAAGGAUAUGUGUGCAACAAAGGAUUCAGUUUAUAUUUGUGAUGGCUCAAAUUUUUAUACAGAACUAACAAAUGGACUACAAAAAGAAAUGCCGUUGGCUGCAAACGCAAAUUUCAUAGCCAUGUCACCCAAAGCUGUAUAUUUCGCCAACUGUCAGAUGAAUACGGUAAUGAAAUUUGAAAAUGGCGAAACCUCUCUUUUAUAUAGCUCACAGGAAUGGGCACUUACUGGCUUGACAAAUCGUGAUAAUAAUAUUUACAUUUGUAUGUAUAAUAAAUGGAAAAUGCAGGGAAGGAUUGUCAUGAUUAGCAAAGAAGGAACCAAAUUGGUAGAGGAAAAAGAAAUUGAGUAUGACAGACAUGACAAUAAAAUUUUUGAGCACCCAAAAUUCAUAGCUCUGAACAGCAAAGAUGAAAUGUGUGUGUCAGAUAUAUUUCGGAAGUGCGUGGUCGUUCUCAAUAAUAAUGGUAUAAUUCGCCUGAAAUAUGCCGGACCAUUUUCCGGAAAGACUGAUGAAUUUCAACCAGAAGGUCUUUCUUGCGAUGAUUUUGACAAUCUCUAUGUCGCAGACAAUAAUAACAACAGUAUAGAUAUUGUCAAUCCUUCUGGGCAUUGGAUGAGGUCGAUAGUAAACAUACCUUCACCAGUCUGUGUAACUGUCAAUGACAAAAAAAUAUGCAUCACAAUGGAUGAAGAAUGUUAUGUUGGCUGCAUCCUUGUUUAUCCGAUAUAA